GGCGCUUUCUUACAGAUUCUAUGAGUGAUGAGGACAAAUGCCGAAGUUGCGGGAAAAAUGUGGUUUUCCAUCUGAUUCAGAAGAACCAGAUCAUACCCUUGAUCUUCUUGUCGUCUUCCACCUGGUUAAGUAUGCGUGAAAGGCUCUUUUGUUAGGGGGCGAUAGAUGGAGACAGACAAAAGUCACGAUACGAUACCUAAUGCACUGUCCGGUUUCCACUAUAUCUCUCUACAUCAUCUUGAAGGCCUGGCAUUAGCAGUUUUAAAUAGAUGGAGAAGCCGGGAAGAUUUCGGCAUUGAUUCUUUGCUCUCAAUUCUUCUGCUUGCCUCUUUCCAAACGUUUUCUUCUCUGGUUGUUCAGCAUGUGUUCACAGGUCAUCGCCUCCACCCUCGCUGUCUUCUCAACCUGUUGAUUUUUUGUUGGAGUUUUAUUUCAUCUGUUAUUGUAGAAAUUUUCGCUCUUCUGCCCGAUAUUAGAUUAAAUUAGCUUAAAUAAUGGUUAAUGAAUUCACCGAUCCCAGUUUUUGUAUGAGGGAUGGAGGUUAUAUUAUGCAGAAAAAAAACAGGGGAUUGCGAUUUGUGGAUUAGGAUAAGCCGUUUUAACUGGAUUGAGAAACUUUAGUCCUGCCCAAUUCCUGAUGAAACUGUGUGACUGUAUCUACUGUUUAUUUUAAACCUUGCUACUUGGCCCACAAAGAAUCAUGAAAUUCAAGUUGCAGGAGAUUUCUUACUUUGGGAAUUGUUGAAUUAAACAUGAUUUCACUUGGUAAAUUUUGUUUGCAGGUAUCGUUUUCAUUUAACACCAUGAUGCAGUGUAGUUUGGCACGGGGAGGGCAGCAAUCUUUGUUUCCUGGGAGAAGAAUGAGCGCUGAAAUUCCCUUCAGGAGGAUUGAUUAUAAUACUAGAGAGAUUGGAGUUCAGAGGAGCUUCCUUGAAGGUUCAAGGGUUGUGCUCCGACCACAGGUUCAGAGAAUUAUAAGCAAUCCCAAAGGCUCUCUUAUCUGUGCUUCUUUGAUAACAAGUUCGCAAAUUGCAAGUACUGCUUUCACUUGGGGAACGGUUGUUGUUCUUCCUUUCUACGCACUCAUGGUUCUUGUACCUAAAUCUACUUUGACUAGGAGAGUUAUGGACAGCAAUAUUCCCUUUGCUGCACUUGCCAUACUGUAUGGAUACCUUCUAUAUCUCUCAUGGACUCCUUCAACAUUAAACGUGAUUUUUGCUACUAAAUACUUGCUUCCUGAGUUACCUGGAAUGGCAAAGAUGUUUGCAAAUGAGAAGACCAUGGCUUCUGCAUGGAUUCACCUACUUGUUGUAGAUCUUUAUGCUGCAAGACAGGUAUUUCUCGAUGGAUUGAAGAGCAAUGUGGAGACUCGGCAUUCGGUCACCUUGUGCCUUCUUUCCUGCCCCAUUGGAAUAUUAACCCAUGUCAUCACUAAGCUAAUGAUGAAGAUUGCUAAUGGCUCCCAUUGAAGAAUUUGUACAAAAAACAAUACAGAUUAUUUUUCAAAACAUAUCAUGUAGGGGCAGUUUUGUCAGUUCACCAGGGUGUGUGAUGCUUGGCAUGCUUGUAAUUUUUUUGAUAACUCGGGUCUAAUUUAAAUGUGAU